AGGCAGUGAGAAAUAAUGAAGAAGCAAGUGAGAAGUUGUGGUGGUGUUCGAGAACUUGUCCUGGACAAUUGCAAAUCAGAUGAUGGGAAAAUUGAGGGCUUAACAGAUGAAUUUGUGAACUUAGAGUUCCUCAGUUUAAUAAAUGUAGGCUUGAUUUCAGUUUCAAAUCUCCCCAAACUACCAAAAUUGAAAAAGCUUGAGCUCAGUGACAAUAGAAUCUCUGGAUGUCUGGACAUGUUGGCAGAAAAACUUCCAAAUCUCACACAUCUAAAUUUAAGUGGAAAUAAACUGAAAGAUAUCAGUACCUUGGAACCUUUGAAAAAGUUGGAAUGUCUGAAAAGCCUGGAUCUGUUUAACUGUGAGGUUACUAACCUGAAUGACUACCGAGAGAGUGUCUUCAAGCUCUUGCCCCAGCUGACUUACCUGGAUGGCUAUGACCGAGAGGAUCGAGAAGCUCCUGACUCAGAUGCUGAGGUGGACGGUGUGGAUGAAGAAGAGGAUGAUGAAGAAGGAGAAGAUGAGGAGGACGAGGAGGAUGAGGAUGGUGAGGAAGAAGAAUUUGAUGAUGAAGAGGAUGAAGAUGAAGACGAAGAUGUAGAAGGAGAAGAGGAUGAAGAUGAAGUCAGUGGGGAGGAAGAAGAAUUUGGACAUGAUGGAGAAGUUGAUGAAGAUGAAGACGAUGAGGAUGAGGAUGAGGAUGAAGAGGAGGAAGAAAGCGGGAAAGGUGAAAAGAGGAAGAGAGAAACAGAUGAUGAAGGAGAAGAUGAUUAAGAACCCAAAUAAUCUGCAAAAAAAAGAACUGUUCAGUAUUGGUUGGACUGCUCAUCAUAUGGAUUUGGUAGCUGUUUAAAAAAAAAAAAAAAGGUAGCUGUGAUACAAACCCCAGGACACCCACCCACCCAAAGAGCCAAAGAAUAGUUCCUGUUACAUUCCGCCUUCCUCCAUUUAGUCCCUUUUGAAAAUUCACCACCAAGCUUGGGGACUGCACCCCAACAGAAUUGUAAGCGUUGUUAGGUUUUCAUGUAAGACUCUUGCUGUAGCGUGGAUAGCUGUGAUUGGUGAGGCAACCAGCUGUGGCUACCAGUUACACCAAGACUGUAACAGCAUUUUUACUUUCUGUACAACAAAGAAGCUUUGUAAAUAAAAUCUUAACAUUUUGGGUCUGUUU